AAUAUAGUGUUUUUUCUUUAUCGUAGGUAAAAAAUCUUGAAUUUCAAUACGACCAUUUGUUUGAAAGAACUUGUUUUUUUUUGGGCAAAAAAAUAACUUGAUAAACAAAAGAAUUGACUAAUUGUUGGUCAAUAUUACCAAUAAGAAUAUUUUUCUUCGUAUUUCUCUAAUGGAAAAUUAGUAUAUAGAGGAGAGCUUCGUUGCUCAAACCCUUUCGUCUUCUUUCUUUAAACCUCAGCUUUCUUCUCUUUCUUUCUCUUCGAAAACCCUUUUCUUCAUCUCCAAAAAAAAAAUUCUAACAAAAGAGAUAAUAACUUUGAUUGUUUCUGAGAACCAUUAAGAUAAAAUGGAUUGUGAUGCAUCAAUAAUAGUUGAAAUGGUAGAAGAUGAAGAACACAUUGAUCUACCACCUGGAUUCAGAUUUCACCCUACUGAUGAAGAACUCAUAUCUCACUACCUUAAACAAAAGGUCUUCAACACUUUAUUCUCUGCCACUGCCAUUGGUGAAGUUGAUCUCAAUAAGAUUGAGCCUUGGGACUUACCCAGGAAGGCUAAGAUGGGGGAGAAAGAAUGGUAUUUCUUUUGUGUACGAGAUCGGAAAUACCCAACCGGUUUAAGGACAAACCGGGCAACGGAAGCCGGUUAUUGGAAAGCCACAGGCAAAGACAAAGAGAUUUUCAAGGGAAACUCACUAGUGGGUAUGAAGAAAACUCUGGUUUUCUACAAAGGAAGAGCUCCUAAAGGGAUUAAAACCAAUUGGGUACUGCAUGAAUAUCGAUUAGAAGGCAUAUUUUUACUCCAAAAUCUUCCCCAAACAGCUAAGAACGAAUGGGUUAUUUGUCGUGUUUUCCAGAAACUUGCUGAUGGUACAAAGGUUGAUAUGUCCGAUUUAAUGUUUCUUGAUUCACAUUUUAACCGUACUGAACCGACAAGAUUACCUUCAUUGAUGGAUUGUUCUCAAAGAGAUUCCUUCCUUGGUUCGUCGACUCACGUGACCUGCUUCUCCGACCAAGAAACCAAAGACAAAAGACUCAUGCAUCACGAGUCCAAAGACCGUUCUGGUUCUCUGUUUUACUCCGAUCCUUUGUUUCUUCAAGACAAUUAUUCGCUAAUGAAGACGUUUCUUAACGAUCAAGAAACCUUAUUUCCCGGUCCUGACUCCACCGGUUUAGCCGCCGGUACGGGAGAAUUGGAUUGCUUUUGGAAUCCUUGAGGUUUAGUUUCUGCUGUAGACUAGAAAGUCAAUUUCUUUUGCAAUGUGGAAUUAAUAUUUUAAUAUACUUGAUAGACUUGUUAAUCAAUUAAGCCAUGUACAAUACUAGACCUAACUCAAUACACAUAAAUAAAAAUUUAUUAAUUCUUUUUAACAUUA